UAACUUUCUAAUCUCAUGUAAUCUCUGCUACAGUAACUAGCUCACUUGCCCUGUAGUUAACGUUAGCUACAGAAGUAGAGGACACAAAGUCAGGACCAAAAAAAAUACAAAAUGCCUCCCAAGAAGCAGCAGCUGAAGCCGACAGCAGCCAACGUCUCCAGCUCCCUGGACCUCGAGUCUGAGGACAUCAGCCUGGAGACAACGGUGCCCACCACCGAGGAUGUCUCCUCGUCGGACGAGCAGCGGGGCGGCUCCCAGAAGGUGACCCGCCAGCUGAUCGAGAGGAAAGAGCUCCUGCACAACGUCCAGCUGCUGAAAAUCGAGCUUUCUCAGAAGAAUCUCAUCAUAGACAACAUGAAGGCCGACCAUAUGUCUAAGAUUGAGGAGUUGGAGGAGAGACUGAAUGAUGCUAUACAUCAGAAACAAGUGUUCGCCCUGAGACUGGACAGCCAGCUGAAACUUGCUCAGGAGGAGAACAGGAAGCAGCAGGUUCUGCGUAAGCAGGAGAUGGAGGCCAUCCAGCUCAGGCAGCAGCAGCUAGAGGAGACCAACCGACAGCUGUGUGAAAAGGCUGGAGAGCUACGGAGGUCUCUCAGGGAUCUGGACAUCUCACAGGACAGGUACCAGGAGCUGCGUGACCUCCCUGAGGACAAAAUCUCUAUACAGGAAUACGUAGCUAUGCGUUUCUAUGAGGUGGUGACUCCUCUGCGGACUCAUCUGGCUGAGCUCACUGUUAAGAGAGGCAAUAUGACUGAAGAGCUGGAUGUACACAGAAGCCAGAUGAAGGCUUUGAUGGAGAGCUAUGACACAGAACGGCGGCUACGUUCAGAGCUGGAGUUGAGGAGCCAGAGACUGACCCUAGAGCUGGCCGACACCAAACAGCAGAUCCAAGAGGGGGACUACCGGCUAGACAACUACCCAAACGUUAAACGGGACCGCGACAACUUUGAAGCGGAACUGAAGGAGUUAAAGAGGAGAUUUGAGACUCUAGACUUGAGUCACACUGCACUCUCCAGGGAAAGGGACACACUCAGCAAAGAGGUGGCAACAUUGCAGCAGUCAGAGACUCUCCUACAGAAAGACAAGGAGUACCUCCACAGGCAGAACAUGGAGCUCAGUGUCCGCUGUGCACAUGAAGAAGACCGCCUGGAGAGGCUGCAGGUACAAUUAGAAGACACUAAGAAAGCCAGGGAGGACGCCUAUGAAAAAUAUGUAGCAUCCAGAGACUACUACAAGUCAGAGUACGAGACCAAGUUAAGAGAGGAGUUGGAGAACAUCAGGCUGAAAACCAGUCAGGAGAUAGACAACCUGCAGAGAACCUCCAGGGAGAUGUAUGAGAGGGAGAACAGGAACUUGCGUGAGGCCAGAGACAAUGCAGUUCUGGAGAAAGACAGAGCGGUGGCAUCUGAGAGAGACACUCAGUCCAGAUAUGAUCAGCUGCUGGAACAGUUUCGUCAGCUCCAGCUGGGUACUGACAGCCGGGUAGCCGAACUGUCCAACCAGGCCAAGCUGCACUCUUUCGAAGCUGAGCGCGCUCAGAUGGUCAAGGAAGAGACGGCCAAGGCCCUCGCCCAGUGCCAGGUGGAGUGUGAGAAACAGCAGAAGAAACUGGAGCUCCUCACUCAGGAGUUUUACAGGCUGCAGACGUCAUCAGAGAAGCGGGUGACGGAGCUGCAGGCUCAGAAUGCCGAGCAGGCUUCUCGGCUGGAGACGUACGAAAAGCUGGAGCAAGAGUUGGACCAAGUCACCAUGCAGGCGGCUGAAAUUGACAAUGAAGAGGAGGCAGAGAGAGUUUUGUUCUCAUACGGCUAUGGAGCUAAUGUUCCCACAACGGCCAAAAGACGACUAAAGCAGAGCGUUCACCUGGCUCGCAGGGUGCUGCAGCUCGAGAGGCAAAACACGUCACUGAGGAGAGAGCUGGAGAGACACAAGUCACAGACCGGACACAUAUCUGAAGAGUUGUUGGCAGCCAACCAGCUGUUACAGCAGACGCAGCAGCCCUAUAGCUACCUGAUUGAGACGGUGAGACAAAGGGACGCACAGAUCAGCACGCUGAAGGAACGUAUCACCUUGCUGGAGGAUGAUGUCAGUUCUCUGAGGAAAGAACGGACUGCUCUGCAACGGGUGAAAAACAACAUGGCCGCCGAUCUGGAGAGACUCCUCAACCAUCGAGAGGAGUUGGCGGUGAUGAAGCAGGUCCUGAUCAGCAUGCGGUCCAGACAGGGAGACGCUCUGGACCUGUUGGAAACAGAUAAAACCGGUAUCAGGACCUCUGGUGUAGGAAAACAGCAGUCCAAACGCACUAACAGGACCACAGAAGAAGAGUCACCAAACAAACCAAAACCCACUGUAUUUACCAAGAAAGAAGUUCCUGACUGGUACCAAAAGCUGAAGCAGAAACCCAAGUGAAUAGUCAGUUGUGUUACUCCUACUGCUAUUAAUUGUCACUCAGGGUUUUAACAAUCUUAUGUUUUAUCAAGUACGACGUAUGUAUUUUAAACUUCUAAAUUACAUUUCAAAUUUCGGCUUUUGAAAUAUAAAAGUAGAAACUG